CCAAACCUCAGUAGUUUAGGGGAAAUUACAACCACCAACAAAGUCUUUACUUUGUAGAUGUAUGUGUUUCCUUAUUUACCAAAACCUCUCCCCUCAAAAUAUUGUAGUUUUGUUUCUCCUGAAAAAAAUAAAUUCUUUGGUAAAUGGGAGGAAAAGAGUGCGAUGUAUGCAAUGCUCAAGGUUUUCUCUCUUUUGUAAUGGCGGCUCGCCAUUUUCCUGCAUUUCUAGUGAAACCUUGAUAGCCACAGCAACAUUAGCUAAGCAAAAAAAAACAUUUCUGUGCUCCAAAAUAAAACAAUUUAAUUUGAAAAAAUAAAUAUCGUCUUAAUCAGUGUUAUUUGUGAGAAUUAUUUUCAAUACACAAUGUGUAGUAGCACAAAUUCUUCGGCACGCCACAAAAAUUCCACCACCAUUUCUUUCCAUCAUCAAAAUGCACAACCUCAGCCUUGUGCAUUCAGAAAAAUUAAAAUAAAAAAAAAUUAUACAAAAACCACCACCCAUGGAUUUGGAAAAUAUAGUGGAGAUCAAUUCCAGACAUCAAUGACUGAGUUUACAGUUCGAAAUUUUCCUCCACGCCAUCCAGAACGAGUGAAACGAAUCUUAUGUUUAGUAGAGGCUACAAUACCUGAGUGUGAUCCACAGACUUGUAGUGUCUGCACCCUCCGACCACUUGUUGAUGUGUUCGCUCUAAUCCAAACAACAUUCAACAAUAUUCUAUGUCGAGUAUAAAAAUGACGUCAGAGACUCCUUGCCCGCCACACUAUUGGAUGAAGUCCGUUCGAGUGGCAAUCAAGAUGUGCAAGUUCGUAUUACAAAUAAAUUGCGAGGAAAGCAUUUUGUUCCCCUCAACAGUUGUGUGCAUGAAGCGACUCUCCUUCGUUUAGUGACAAAGAAUUUCCAAAAUUCCUCACGUAGAUGUAAGAUUUAAGAGAAAUUCAACGCCAACAUUCCUCAUAGAAGUCUGAAGUAAAGUGUCACACAAGACGUUCAUGUUUUGAUAUACAAUUCGACUGAAUAAAUCUAAAUCUCUAACCAAAGUUUUAACUUCAGAGUUUAUUUGUAAUUUCAUUUGUAGUUUCAAAAGGUUUAGAUUUACUAGGAACAAACUACUUCUCUUAUGUA